ACUGCAAAGCAGAACCACCUCGAUUCCUGCUGUUCCUCCCCGGGAGGGAAGGAGUCCAUUUCAAGCGCAAACCCACCGGUUACAGCACGGAAGAAAAUUUCCUGCAGAAGAGGGUGGUGGCAGUUGCGGACCUCCGCCUUCCUCGGUGUCCUUCCCCUCCGUCCCCAAGGAAGCGCCUCGUCUCCCCGCGUGCCCGGCCCUCCCCCGCCGCCCCUCCGCAACCACCGGCAUUAACAGGUCACGCCCGGGCGCACGGCCGGGACGCGCGGCCGCGCGGGAGGGCGGAGGCGACGCGCGCGCGCACCAGCCGUUCCGCCGGGAACUCCCGCUCCGGCACGAUCAUCGCCGUGCGGUAGGCUGCCGGCCAGAGGCACGCGCAGGCAGGACCCGAGGGGAGGAGGAGGAAAGGGCAAGCCGGCAGCGGAAUCAUCCACCAUGACCAAUAACUUCCUCACGACGAUAAAAAGCCUGAAGCUGAUCGAGGGGUGCAAGGCCGCGCAACUCUACGCGUUGAGCUCCCUCGGGCCGGCCUCCACCUCCGGCUCAGGGGAUGCAGGCGGGAGCGGCAGGCCCCAACCCCCGCCGCCGCCCAAGACCAUCUCGCUGCGGUCGGGUUCGUUGUACUACCCGCACGCGGCGCCGUCCACGUCGGGGGCCUUCACGCCCGAGCACCACCUGCCGUGCGGCCUCCCGGUGGCCGACGCGCUCGAGCCGGCCCUGGACGCGUGCCUGCGCCCCGUCGACCACGUCGGCGCGCUCGCCGCGUCGUUCCGGCGGGUCUCGGCCGCCACGGCGGUGGGAGAGGACGACCUCUGCGACGCGUACCUAGAGCAGCACGCGCUGUUCCAGUCCAUCGGCGACGCGCGGCUGCUCCGGCGCUCGCUGCGGGCCGCGCGCAUCCACGCCGACGACCCGCACCGGCGCGUCGUGCUCGCCGCGUGGCUCCGGUACGAGCGCCGCGAGGACGAGCUCGACCCGGCGCCGCCGCCGCUCGCGCCCUGCACCGCGACGACACCGCUGCUCGAGUGCCCCCGCGCCGCGGUCUUCGCCAGCGUGUCCUCCGGCGUGGAACCGGUCUGCCCGUGCCGCCGCCCGCCGCCUCCUCCCGCCACCCCUCCACCCCAACGCCUGAGGCGCAACACGUCCGAGAUGAGCGAGGAGGAGGAGGAGCCGGAGACCAAUGACCUGUGGUUCAUCAUCGGCGAGGAGAAGGUGGCGUGCGAGCGCUCGUGCAUCGCCGCGCUCUCCAAGCCGCUCAACACGCUCCUCUACGGCGGGUUCGCCGAGGCGCAGCGCGACCGGAUCGAUUUCUCUCGCGACGGCAUCACGGCGCGCGGCAUGCGCGCCGUCGCCGCCUACAGCCGCCGCGGCCAGGUCGACGACUUCCCGCCCGACAUCAUCUCCCAGCUCCUCGCCUUCUCCAACAAGUUCUGCUGCGACGGCCUCAAGGCAGCCUGCGACAACAAGCUCGCAUCCAUGGUGCGCGGCGUCGACGACGCCCACUCCCUCAUCGAGGUCGGCCUCGAGGAGGCCUCCCACCUCCUCGUCGCCUCCUGCCUCCAGGCCUUCCUGCGGGAGCUCCCCAAGUCGCUCGCCAACCCGGACAUCGCGCGCCUUCUCUGCAGCCCGGAGGGCCGGGAGUGCCUUGACAUCGCCGGCAACGCGUCCUUCGCGCUCUACUACUUCCUCUCCUACGUCGCCAUGGAGCAGGACCUCAAGUCGAACACCACGGUGAUGUUGUUGGAGAGGCUGAACGAGUGCGCGGAGCUUCCAUGGCAAAAGCAGCUGGCGUUGCACCAGCUCGGGUGCGUGAUGCUGGCGCGCGGCGAGUUCGAGGACGCGCAGGAGUGGUUUGAGGCCGCCGUCGCCGAGGACCAUGUCUACUCGCUCGCCGGGGAGGCGCGCGCCAAGUACAAGCGCGGGCACAAGUACGCCGCCUACAAGCUGAUGAACAGCGUCGUCGGCGAGUACGAGGAGCCUGCCGGAUGGAUGUACCAGGAGCGGGCGCUGUAUUGCGUCGGCAAGGAGAAGCAGGCCGAUCUCCAGUCGGCGACGGAGCUUGACCCGACGAUGACGUUCCCAUACAAGUACCGCGCCUGCGCGCUGCUGGAGGAGGACAAGGCGGCGUCGGCGAUCGCGGAGAUCAGCAAGGUGAUCGGUUUCAAGAUGGCCACCGACUGCCUUGAGCUCCGGGCGUGGUUCUACCUUGCCCUUGAGGAGUACGAGCUGACCGUGCAGGAUGUCCGGGCGAUACUGACACUGGAUCCGAGCUACAUGAUGUUCCAUGGGAGGAUGCACGGGGAGCAGCUGAUUGAGCUCCUCCGGGGGCAGGUGCAGCAGUGGGACAUGGCGGAUUGCUGGAUGCAGCUGUAUGAUCGAUGGUCGGCGGUGGAUGACAUCGGCUCUCUAGCAGUUGUGCAGCAGAUGCUCACCAGGGAACCCGGAAACAGCAGCUUGCGGUUUCGACAGUCACUUCUCCUGUUAAGGCUAAAUUGUCAGAAGGCGGCCAUGCGUAGUCUGAGAUAUGCGCGGAACAGUUCGGUCCAUGAGCACGAGAGGCUUGUAUACGAAGGAUGGAUCUUGUACGACAGUGGACAUCGGGAUGAAGCACUAGCCAAGGCUGAGCAGUCGAUUAGCCUUCAGAGAUCAUUCGAAGCCUUCUUCCUGAAGGCGUAUGCUUUGGGAGAUUCUAGCCUGGACACGGAAUCUUCGCUCUCCGUCGUGCAGCUUCUGGAGCAUGCUAACAGCUGUGCUUCCGACAACCUCCGGAAGGGGCAAGUAAGAAUCGUCCGUGACCAUCGCCAUGGCUCUUUUCCUUGCAAACUGUCUGUGCUCACAGCUGACGGUCUUCAGGCAUACAACAACAUGGGGAGCAUCUUCGUGGACUGCGACAUGCUGGAUGAGGCUGCCGAGUGCUACGGCAUAGCUCUGAACAUAAAGCACACGCGGGCGCAUCAGGGUCUGGCGCGCGUCCAUUACCUGAAGAACAGGAAGCAAGCUGCGUUCGACGAGAUGACCAAGCUCGUGCAGAUAGCUACCAACAGCGCGUCGGCGUAUGAAAAACGGUCAGAGUACGGCGAGCGCGACGCCGCCAAGAACGACCUGAACACAGCGACGCUUCUGGACCCUACAAGGACCUAUCCUUACAGAUACAGAGCAGCCGUUCUGAUGGACGAGAACAAGGAAGAGGAGGCGAUCGCGGAGCUGUCAGGAGCCAUAGCCUUCAAGCCGGACCUCCAGCUGCUCCACCUCCGCGCGGCGUUCUUCGACUCCAUGGGCGACACGGCGAGCACCAUGCGGGACUGCGAGGCGGCGCUCUGCCUGGACCCGACCCACGGCGACACCCUCGAGCUGUACAGCAAAGUCUCCGCCAGGGCCGAGCCGGAGAGCUAGCCACCCCGCCGGCCGGCCGCCGCACUCCUCGUCGUCGACUCAGCUGCGAUUUUUGCGAGGCAGAAUGAUGAGACGACCCUUCUCUACUCUCCCGGGGUGGAAGCAGACGACGGAUCAGUGAGUCACCAGAACGUGCACACCACAUGUGUAAGGUUAUAUACGAGGCUUAGUCCUGUUAGUCAGGGGGCACCGCCAAGAGCGAGCACCGCAGUAGAUCGGGUACGUGUUGCUUCCAGGUAGAUCGGGCAGGUGGGGCAAGAGCACGCGUCUCAUGUGCGCAUCAGAGGUUGAAGACAACCGGCAGCUCCAGAAGGGAGGAAGAAAAAGCUGAAGAGAGACAGGCGGCUAGCGAGCCCAAGCUGUCCUUCAGAGUUCAGACCGGCUGCAUGAUCGUUCUCUUUUUCUUCCCCUUUUUUUUAUGACUUGUGAUGUGCAUUUGGAGGCACGACUGAUCACAAAAGAAUUCGAGUUUUUAAAAGUAUAAAUGCAGCCAAGGCGAAGAUUCUCUCUACUUUUA